GCCAAGUGUGGACCUUUCCGUCUGAGUUUCCAAGUCUGCUCUUCCUUUAAAAGACCAAAAAAAAACCGACUUUUUUGUUGAGACAUUUAGGAUUCUCUCUAAUACUUUCCUACCAAACUCGUUUUUUCCAUUGACACUUUUGUUGUCUUAAUCCCUCCAGAUUUAUCUCACAUUGCCCGAUCUCGUCGUCUCGACGAAAGCUACCAACUUUUUUUUGCUAUGGCUCUGAGGUUUUUCCCCAUCUGGGCUUGUCCCCAGACGGCUUAUUAUCAUUACCCUCUGCUGGGUUUCGACACUAAACGGCGUCGUAUAUGCCUCUGGGAAUGCUCCUCCUCGGCUUCCCAGAGGGCCAUCACUGCCGUUGGAGGGGAUGUUCCGUACGGACGUGAGCUCAAGAAGCCCUCUGAUGAAAUGGGUCUGACUCAGGAGAGGCCCCAGCUGGAAACUUUUCAUAGAGACUUGAGUAUGCUUCCUAAACCGCUAACUGCAAACAGUCUUACCUCUUCUGCUUGGGAUGAUUCAAAAGUGCGAAUCUCGUUUCAGGGCAUACCAGGUGCAUAUAGCGAGACAGCAGCACUAAAAGCAUAUCCAAAUUGUGAAACCGUACCGUGUGACCAGUUUGAAACUGCGUUCCAGGCUGUGGAGCUUUGGUUGGUGGAUAAAGCAGUAUUACCGAUAGAGAAUUCAGUAGGUGGUAGUAUCCACCGUAACUAUGAUUUGCUUCUUCGUCAUAGGCUUCACAUUGCCCAAGAAGUUCAUUUGCCUGUUAAUCACUGUCUCUUGGGAGUGCCUGGUGUUCAAAAAGAAGAUAUUAAAUGCGUUCUAAGCCAUCCUCAGGCGCUUGAUCAAUGUGUGAAUUCACUAAACGAGUUAGGCAUACAGAGAGUCUCUGCAAAAGACACUGCUACUGCUGCUCAGACUGUUUCUUCGAGUGGCGAGAGGAGUAUAGGAGCAGUGGCGAGUGUGCGUGCUGCAAAUAUAUAUGGUCUAGAUAUUCUUGCACAGAACAUACAAGAUGAUGCUAACAAUGUGACACGGUUUCUUAUACUUGCGAGAGAUCCUAUGAUUCCAAGAACAGAUCGACCAUAUAAGACAAGUAUUGUGUUCUCGCUAGAAGAAGGUCCUGGUGUGCUGUUCAAGGCCUUGGCUGUUUUUGCUUUAAGAAACAUUAACUUAUCCAAGAUAGAAAGUCGUCCGCAGAGAGGAAGACCGCUAAGAGUAGUUGAUGGUUCUAACAAUGGAUGCGCCAAGUACUUUGAUUACUUAUUCUACAUUGAUUUUGAAGCUUCCAUGGCUGAAACAUGUGCUCAGCACGCCCUUGGCCAUUUACAGGAAUUCACCAGCUUCAUCCGUAUCCUGGGGUGCUAUCCUAUGGAUCUAGUCAGUUAACCGAAGACAGUCUCCAAUUUUCAUGUUGCCAUACAGUGCAGAACCAUGUGAAUACAAACAAACAGAAGAAUUAGCUGUAUGGCUUUGGUAUACCCCCAGGACUCUUCUCUUACCAUUCUCUCAUCUUCCAAACUUAGCUUCAAACUCUUCAUUGCUGAGACAAACAGUUAAUCUUAGCUUAUUGUUAAGAACAUGCUUGUACAUUAAUUUUA